AUGAGUAAUCCAAUUUCAAAUACCAAUUCCAAUGCGGAUAACGAUGAUAGAAAGACUAUAUUGGAUAUACUGUUUGGUCAACAUGUGAAUGAAUGGACUUUUUCUGAGAACUCUUUAAUAAAAGCAUUGGAAUUAAAGCAAGAACAAGAAAGGACCAAACAACAGUACUAUAAAUUAGAAAUAAUUAAUAAAUCAAUUGAACUUUUUAAAAUGGCAAGGGAAAAUGGUAUUCCGCCAAAUCAAAUAUCGAAUGUAUUUAAUUUUGGUAAUUCAACUCAAGAUGAUACGAAUAAAACUGUGCUAUUAAAGUCGGAAUCAAUUUCUUCGCAACAACCUUCAAGUUAUAAAUUUCCUCCAGUGGGCAAUUAUUUACCUCCAAAAUCGAUAGCAAAACCGAAACAUAGAAGAACUAAUUCCCCUGCAAGAAUAGGUGCAUCUGCUAUAGCAUCCUUGGGAGGUACUAUUAUAAAAGAAGAAACUACUCCCCCACAUAGGUCUUCUGUUAGUCCAAUUCCAAUUCCAAAUGAAAAUGGUACUUAUAUGCAUCGUAGAAAUAUGUCUCUGCCGAUGAAUUCAAGUUCAAAUACAUUCUCAGGAAUGACUUCAGUCCUAAAUUUCAACAGCAAUUCAACUUUGCAAGUUCAACGCCCAAAUCUAAGUGUUUCCAAGCAAACUUUACAACCUCCUUCUAAUCAUUCACAACAGAGAAAACACAGACGUUCAAAAUCAGCUACAGGAUUUAAAGUUAUAGAUUUAAAUGUCGUCGAUGAUCCAAAGGCUCAACCAGUAACCCCAAAGGGUAAAACAGUCGAUGUAAAUGAAGAUUUCGAUGAUAAAACUUGUAGUGAGAACAGCAGUCGUGAUGCAAGUCCGGUGAGAUCAGCUGCUACAAGACCUCCACAUUUCAUCAAUAAACUACUAAAUAGUACAUGA